AUUAAAUACUCAACACUCCCCUUUCAUCUUCUUCACUCACUCACUCUCUUCUUCUUCUUUACCAUAAUAGUGAUAAAUAGCAAUAACUCAUUCAGCAUGUAUACAAACUUCAACAUCACAUUCUCCACCACACCUGAUCUGCAGCAGCACAACCACCUCGGUGAGUACGAGUCGGUCCCACAGCUCAACUCUAGUGGUGGUGGUGGUGGUGGAGGAAAUUAUAAUAGCUGUAGCAGCGGGUGUGCUAGCUACCUGGGGUCGCCGGACAGAUUGAUGCAGAGAAGCAUUAGUAGCCACUCUCUGCAAAAGAAUGAUGUGCCACACCACCACCCUUUUUCUACUUUGUUUGCUGAAUUGCUUGAUCAGGAAAAUGGUCCGGUGCGGCGAGUUUACAGUACUGGUGAUCUUGAUCAGAGAGUUGGUGGAAUGCAACAAUAUUAUCAUCAAUCGGAUAGUCCUUUGUCAACAGAGAGUAACAUGAUAAUAGAAGAAAUGAGCAGACCAGCCAGUCCUUACAGCCCAGAGGAAAAGAAGGUGAGGAUUGAGAGAUAUAGAAGCAAGAAAAAUCAGAGGAACUACAAUAAGAAAAUUAAGUAUGUUUGUAGGAAGACAUUGGCAGACAGUAGGCCACGUAUUAGAGGGAGAUUUGCUAAGAAUGAUGAAAUUGUAAGGAAUCCACCAAAUCAAUGGAGCCAUAUUAGUAAUGGAGAAGAAUUGGAAGAUGAGGAAGAAGAAAAUUGGGACAGUUUAUUUGAUUCAUUGGUUCCUACUUCAAAUCUUGCUCCUGAGGAGCAUCAUAGUUCCUCCUAUAGCGUCUUGUAUUAAAAUAAUUGCAUGGCUGAUUAAUUAAGUAUAAAUUUGAAUUGAUAGGGAGUUUGAUAAAAUUACAGUGAUAUUGUAAUCUUGUAAAGUUCUAACGUAUAGUUUGACAAAUUACAAUGAUUCAUCGUGAUAAUGUCAAU